AUGUGGCGAUGGCGCGUAGUGUUUGCGGUACUUGUCGUGGUGACCUUAACCGACCCACCGGCAGCUUUGGCCAUCUGUACGGCGUCUGUUCCGUCCGAUCAGAUCGCUGGCUGUGCGUUUAACCCGCUUCUGCUGCUGGUCGAACGGUCCGGUUGGGUGUUGUCGAGACAGAACUGUGGUGAAACUGUCGGUCCGGAAGCGUUUGAGGUACCACCGGUUGUGUACUAUGACUACGCUGAGCCAGACCAUCUGUACACGGUGGCGCUCGUGGAGGACACCGGCCACGGUCGGUUCUAUCUGCAGUGGCUCGUCGCGAACAUCCCGGGCUCAUCCCUUGUGAACGGCAUGACGUACAUGGACGGCGACACGAUCGCAGAUUAUCUAUCUCUCGUGCCGCGAUCUGCCGAUGACGAUGCUGGCGUACUUGAUGGCCAGCCGACACGCUACGGAUUCUAUCUGUACGAACAGGUUUACGGUACGGUCUAUCCCUCGAUGCCGAAUACCCGGCAGGACUUCGAUUUGGACGGCUGGAUCGGCACGAUCUAUCCCGCGGGGGCUUUGUGCGGUCCGGUGGCUUCGAUCGGAUUCGGCACUCCGUAAGCAUGGUAGAUUCCGCACGUUUAAGGCAGCCCUUCAAUUGUAUGCCCUAUCAAACGCCAAUCUUCAGCCGCAAGUACCACUUACGUUCCAUGUCCGUCUGGUGGGGCGUAUUUGGAAGUAAGUCCUUCGAAAUAGUAAUCCAGGAGUAGUGAUCGCGAGUACUGGACGCUUUUUACCUUCAUCUAGUGGAAGUAUAUUGGACUGAUUUUAUUUACUAUCCCCAGCGAAAGAAAUGGUAACACUAGAUAGUGCCCACAACCCGGGGUGUAUCUCGAUUGGCGCAAUUUAUUCGACCAUCUGAUUCAUAAUUUACGUACGUGUAACGCCGGGCGGAACAUGUAUCGAACACACGCGAUUACUAGGAAAGCAAGGA